AUGGCGCCUCAAACUGAGAAUAGCUUCUUGCAUGAGAUUGAGCAGAAGACUAUCCAGGAUCCUUCAAACGCUGAAGUAAUCAAAGUUACGGCCUUUGAGCUUCAGGAUCAAGGUUUCCUUGCCAUACUGUCGCGAAUUGCUGUUCAUCUUUGCAAAAGAAACAUCGACCUGAUCAAAGGCCGAGUCUUGGUCCAGACCAGCCCUUCAGCUGCAUACAAGCUUCAAGAAACUUUGGAUCAUGCUCGCCUGUACGCAUCUGAGUUUGAAAGGGCCGGGAUCCCAAAGAACAGAUACUGUAUCAAGAUCAUGGCUACAGGUCCUGGACUGAACGCUGCCAAGAUUCUUCAAGAGGAGGGCAUUUCAACCUUGGGUACAGGCGUGUUCAGCGUGGUCCAGGCUGUGGCUUGUAGCCAGGCGGGUUGCUUGUAUAUCAGCCCAUAUUACAACGAAAUACGUACUCACUUGAAUCCAGAGCUGUGGCCUGAUGUCCAGGACCCUGCAUUGGAACACCCGUUCUCGCAUCGCAUCGCCCAGAUGGUCCAAGCAUACAAGACCUUGUUUGCCACCACAGGCAAAGAACAGCCAUUAAUCAAGAAUGCGGGCUUUCGCUCCUACAAAGAGGUUCUCGCCUUGGCCGAACUCGGCUGUCAUUCUGCAACCAUUUCGCAGGAUCUAAUGGAGGAGUUCAAGACUUUGACACCUGGAGGCAUUCCACUGCCAGUAGCUCCCAAGGUGGCCGCCAUGAAAAGCCCAUAUGCUGGCGGUGUACCUAUCCCUUCGCCCAGGCUGGAUGAGCUGCUUACUCAGGAUCUGGCGGAAGAGAGAGGAUGGUCGGCAAAGGAAUUGACUGUGGACCUAUUGGCUGAUGGAGGAAAGGCGUUAGAUCAAGCUCUGGAAAGAGACUCGGAAGCCGCCCGUAUGGUUAAGGAGGCUUUGGAUAUGUUUAUCUACUGCGAGGAGGAGACGAAGAAGCUGAUCAAAGGGACAGCGUUGGUUGCAAGCUUAUAG